GCGCACGGGGAAAUCUUCAGUCUCCGGCAUGGAGGGACAAGAGGGCGGUGGGAGCGUCUCUAACGUGGAGCUCUGCAACUUGGCUUACGCGGGGCUGCUGGAGGAGGUCAGGGAGCGGCUGGUCGCCAACCGGAGCCUGGCGACGCGAGCCGAUCAGGACAAUAGGACAGCUCUACAUUGGGCAUGUUCAGCUGGUCAUUUGGAUGUCGUUGACUUUUUGCUAAGCCUGGGGGUGCCUGUUAAUGACAAGGAUGAUGCUGGCUGGAGCCCUUUGCAUAUUGCCGCAUCGGCUGGCCGGGAUGAAAUCGUGAAAGCUCUCCUUCAGAAAGGAGCUCAGGUGAACGCCGUUAAUCAGAAUGGCUGCACCCCUCUGCAUUAUGCCGCGUCGAAGAAUAAGCAGGAGAUUGCGCUGAUGCUGCUGGAGAACAAGGCCAAUCCAGACGCAAAGGAUCACUUGGCCUCCACACCGUUACACAGAGCGGCCUCCAAAGGGAACCUCAAAAUGACAGAGCUGCUUCUGAAACACAAAGCUUCGGUCAACUUACAGGACUCCGAAGGAAACACACCUCUCCACUUAGCCUGCGAUGAAGAGAGGGUGGAGGAAGCGAAGCUGCUGGUGGCCCAUGGUGCAAGUAUCUACAUUGAGAACAAAGAAGAAAAAACCCCUCUGCAGGUUGCAAAAGGAGGGCUGGGAUCCAUCCUCAGGAGGCUAGUUGAGGGGUAGCUGCUGCGGGCAACCUAAAUUCCAUUCUGGACAAAACAAUUGAAGACUGUUCAUAUUGAAUUUUUUUAUUGCACUGUAGCUACUCUGUACUUUCCCAUGUCUUCAGUGACCGUUCUCCCCAAAAAAAUCUCCUUGUGUUGGCAGUUUUUGCCAACUCUAGUGGUCCUCUUGGAGAGUAGUUUCAAGAGAACGCUUUCCGUCUGCUUUCGUAUAGAAAACCACUUUGGGAACCUGCUCUCUCAUCUUUCAAGAAGAGGUAGAAUGAAGAUUGUUACAUGUGAAUUCCAGAGUUCCCAAAACUGUAGGGGAGAGGGUCAGCGGACCGGUGGGGAAGCGCACACGUGCGUGCGGCUCCAUUUGCGCGAGUGGCGGGCCCAUGCGCCUGCCGCUCAUGCAAAUGUCACGCCCACGUGCACCUGCUCAUACAAGUGGGGUUGUGCGCUGCCCACCACUUCUGUGGCCCCGCUCUGAACAGCUCAAGGCCCGGUAAUGGACCACAGUCCAGGAGUUGGGGGACCCCCUGUUUUAUUCCUUCAGGUCAUCGUCUUGUCUAUUAAGUCAAAGUCAAAAGCUGGUGCUCACAUGUGGUGGCUCAGAAAUUGAGCAAACUUGGCCAAAAUUCAAAGCUGCAGAAUCUCUUAUCCUCCGGAAGUGGCUGAACUACAAUCUCCAGCAGCCAACUGCCAGCAGUAGAGGAUUCUGGGAUUGUACCUUAAUGAUACUCAGAGGGCCACUGCCUGCAGCUGCCUCCCUGGAUUUUUUUUGUUGGGAUAUUUUUGGAGACUUUUUGCAAGUUAUCUUUUUGGCUUCAGCCUGUUCCCUCCUGUAUGCAGGAAGUGAUUGGAGCGGAGCAUUAUGGGAAGAAAGUGGAUAGAUUUAAAGUUAGUUCGGGAAAGGUGCAGGUAGCAUAAAUUGUUUCUUGUGAAUAAAAGCUAAUGUAGUUGACAUUGUGGAGCUUCUUGGACUUAUUUGCCAGAACCGUUUUUGUGGCUAAUUUUGUGGUUUCAGCAAACUGCUUAUUAAAAGAAUUACUGCUCGAGA